AUGGACAAGCAGUGUAGCGGUGACCCCAGCUUGCUACCCGCCAAGCGUGUUCGAUGGGACGACUCUGUGCUCCCAGAUCGGACCAACACGUCCGGGACAGCUAGUUCAAACAAGGCGCCACCCGCACCACCAUCGUGUAGUGCCAACGGCGCUAUCAGGAUUUGUAGUGCCAUCGGCCCGAAGACGGCUGGUGCCGACGAGAAGGAGGAGGUUAACGAAGAUGUAGGGUGCCGCCCAGACUUCACGCACCAGCUGUUCGAAGAAGAGCGCAUCGAGGGUUUCGAGGACGGAGCUGUCAGCAUCCGGAUUUUCUACACGCCAACGUCGCUUGACUUCCUGGUCAAGAUACAAACGAGCGAAAACGACGCCAGCAGGACGACCGCCAUAUUGUCUGGUCUGUCCAAGGCGCUCCCCCCUGAAAACUUCACGACGGAUGAGCGGAAGUUCUACGAAGAGCUGGAAGGGAGACGAAGAGAUUUCAAGCCACCUGGUGCCCGCGUCUACGAGUACUCAAGGGGGGGGACAACAUUCUCGGUGUACAAAGCCACCGGGGAGGAUCCCGGGGCGUGCGAGUACCACGCGCGGGCCCAGUGCCUUGCGCCCUGGUUUAUUGAGACCGCCGAUGCCAUCGACCUGACGGACGACCGCUGGGAGGUGUUCUACUUGUUCCAGGAAGAACCGCCACAGGGGGUCUUGGGCGAGAAGUGGAGACCCGCCGCGCUGGCGGGAUACUUCACAGCCUUCGGCUUCCGCAACCCAGUCAAGGGUGUCAGCCUGAGGAUCUGCCAGGCGUUGGUUUUGCCUCAGUUCCAACGACAAGGUCACGGGAAGGAGCUGCUGUCGUUCCUCUACGGCCUGGCCCGCUCGCGGAAGAGCGUGUUCGAGAUAACUGUGGAAGAUCCCGCUCCCGGGUUCGAAAAGAUGCGUAAUUUGGUGGACGCCCGAACGCUGCGAGACCUCGACGUGUUCCCGGCCGAUGUUAUCUCGCCGGGCGCAUGGAAGCGACCUUCGAAGGACGUGGUGCAGGCCGCGCGCGAGGCUGCCAAGCUCACGGUCUCCCAGGUGGAGAUUGGUUUCGACAUCCUCAAGGCCUGCGACCUACCGGAGGUGAAAGAUAAUGCCAGCGAGGAUUCGACAUGCUCGAUGGCAACUACUACAGCCUCAAACACGACCACCGCCGCCGAUGCCGCUCCUGGUGAUGGCAGCGAUAAUGCCACAGCCGUCGAUGACAAGCGUAAGCGCUACAGGCUCAUGGUCAAGAGGCGGCUCCUUAAACGCCACGGGGAGGAGCUUUCGACGGACUCGGCCACUCGGAAACGCCAACUGGAAGAGCUAUACAGGGACGUAGAGCCCGGGCUAUUGAGCUUGGGGGGCAAGCUCAGGAAGGAAGGAACGAGGCGGCCGUAGCAAUAAGAAGCUAACGUGCGAGGGCAUGCCGUGGCGUUUAGGAGGGGAUGGAGCAAAAGCAGCAUGUAAACGUCCCAGCAGCACCAAACAUAAGCGUUUUUCGCGGCGCGUGCUUCUGCCAGCCGGAGUACGGAUGGCACACGGGCACGUGUGCCAUCCGCACUCGUAAUCCCACGGGCUUCAGGAGAGGCGGGAUACACAUGUAUGUGUCAAACUUCUUCACCAACCCAACCCAAUGUAACAUGUU